AUGUCUCAAGGCGCCAUGGACUGGUACAAUUCUGACCAUCGCUCAAGAACGGGGACACGACGACCGUACGACUUCAUCGAGAGCAACUAUGGCUUGUGUGUUCUACCGCGGAAAUACGUCCUGUUACGUGCUAAUGAUUCUAGCUAUACAAGCACCGGGUGCACCUUUAUCGGCUCUCCUACGCCCACUACCGCCACGUGCUCGUACAGCCAGUCAUGGCACAUCCGCUCCUCCACGGUGACUCGUGAUGAGACUUAUGUUAUUCCUGGAACUGAUGUGCGGGAAAUCGUCUCGGCUACCUUGACUGUGGCAGGGACGGGACCGUUUGCUACUGGCACCACUGCGACUGCCACUACGACUGCCACUGCUACUGCUCCUGCAGCUACAACGACUAUAACGACAGGUUCUACUACCGGUGGGACAGUGGAGGGCACUACUCCUGCGAGCACGACUCCGACGGCUUCUGGAAACGUCGCCGGCCGGACAAUGGCGCCGAUGAUGUUGGUGGGCGUGGUGGUGGCUGGUAUGGCGGUGCAAGCAUAG